UCUCUCUCUUAAUUUGAGACAAAAACUCACUCUCUCUUUCUCUCUCUUCUUCUUUCUCUCACAUAGAAAACAUCAAACAAAUUGAAACCACAACCUCGUUCAUCCUCCAAUUCCCCAACCAAAACAUCGUAACAUCCUAACCUUAACCUUAACCUCAAUCAAAACAAAAACACCUCCAUUCUCGUUUUUCAUCAUUUUGAGAUUCGAUUCGAUUCUAUUCAAUUAGAUUAGAUUUACCUUCUUCGUCAUCCAUGGCUGACGUGCUUUCUCAGAAAUUCAAAACCACCCCAAACAACAACAAGAAGGACCCUUCGAAUCUGUUAUUGGGUCGAUUCGAAAUCGGGAAGCUCCUCGGCCAUGGAACAUUCGCCAAGGUAUACUACGCGAAGAAUCUCAAAACCGGUGAAGGCGUAGCCAUAAAAGUGAUCGACAAGGAGAAGAUUCUCAAAGGUGGUUUGGUCGCCCACAUUAAACGCGAGAUCUCGAUUCUUCGCCGUGUUCGUCAUCCCAACAUCGUGCAGCUCUUCGAGGUAAUGGCGACGAAGACGAAGAUCUAUUUCGUGAUGGAGUAUGUUCGUGGAGGCGAGCUUUUUAACAAGGUUGCCAAGGGGAGGUUGAAGGAAGAGGUUGCUAGAAAGUAUUUCCAGCAGUUGAUUUCCGCGGUUGGGUUUUGUCAUGCUAGAGGUGUGUAUCAUAGGGAUCUUAAGCCGGAGAAUCUGUUGCUUGAUGAGAAUGGGAAUUUGAAAGUGUCUGAUUUUGGUUUGAGUGCUGUGUCGGAUCAGAUUAGACAGGAUGGUUUGUUUCAUACUUUUUGUGGCACUCCUGCUUAUGUUGCACCUGAGGUUUUGGCUAGGAAGGGGUAUGAUGGUGCUAAGGUUGAUCUUUGGUCUUGUGGGGUUGUUUUGUUUGUUUUGAUGGCUGGUUAUUUGCCUUUUCAUGAUCAGAAUGUUAUGGCAAUGUAUAAGAAGAUUUAUAAAGGGGAGUUUCGGUGUCCGAGGUGGUUUUCGCCGGAUUUAUCGAAACUUCUUGUUCGGCUUCUUGAUACGAAGCCGGAUACAAGGAUUGCUAUUCCUGAUAUUAUGGAGAAUAGGUGGUUCAAGAAGGGGUUUAAACAGAUUAAGUUCUAUGUUGAGGAUGAUAGGCUUUGUAGUAUUGAUGAUAAUUUCGGCGACAUUGAGGAUGAUACGGCUUCUGUAACAUCGAUUGCGUCGGUAGCAUCGGUGGCGUCUUUUUCUGAUUUAUCAAUAGAAUCUGAUUCUGAGGUUGAGACUAGGAGGAGAAAUGCACCUUUGCCGAGGCCGGCUAGUUUGAAUGCUUUUGACAUUAUUUCAUUCUCACCCGGGUUUGAUCUUUCUGGCUUGUUUGAGGAAAGCGGAGACGAGAACAGGAUUGUGACUGCUGCGCCGGUUUCAAAGAUCAUAUCAAAAUUGGAGGAGAUUGCUCAGUUGGUUAGGUUUUCUGUAAGGAAGAAGGAUUGCAGGGUGAGCUUGGAGGGUACAAGAGAAGGUGUGAAGGGGCCAUUGACUAUUGCUGUUGAGAUAUUCGAACUUACACCUUCUUUGGUUGUUGUCGAGCUGAAGAAAAAAGGAGGCGACAGAGCCGAAUACGAGAGAUUCUGUAACGAAGACUUGAAACCGGGUUUACAGAAUUUGAUGGCCGCGGAAUCAGCAACUUCCUCAGCUUUGUCAUUACCACCUGCCGAGCCUACAUUACUCCGCGUGCUUUCUGAACCAGUUCACAACCUGCUAUCAGAGAUGGAUUCGCCGCGCUCUCUACCCGAAGAGUGAAAUGGAGAAAAGAACAAGGUUGUUUCUGUUUGUUUUUUUUCUCUUUUAGAUUGUGUAUGAUAAAUUGAUGAUUGAUCAUUUUUCCCACCUGGAUGGCCACCACCCUUUUAGAUUUGCUCCUUGAAUUGAGCAUUAGAUUGCUAUAUACAAAAGUUGCUAAUUGAAAUUUAGCUAAUGGAGGAUAUUUUUCUAUGUUUUUUUUUUCUUUUUCAUUUGGUGCAUUGUUCUGUACUUGUAUAUUACUUUUGCUUGUUACAGCAAGCAGUGAGAAAAUAACGAAACAGUUUAGUGCUAUUCCAUGACGCACUGCAAAAAUGUCUUGAUUUCUGUUAGUUUUUGUUAGAAUUAAGUUCAUUUUUAAUGCUGUGAAAUUGAGGAUUAUGCAUCUCAAAGUGAAGUUUGCUUAAGAAUUUGGCAACAGUGUUGCUCUAAGCAAUAAGAACAAACAGAGACUUUGUAACUAUUGAAGCAACAUAACAACUCGUGAAGUGAAUGUAAAUGAAAGCUGUAUCUUACCUUGCAA